CGAGCGCAGUUUCUGACGCCCUUCGGCUGAGACCUGCAGCACCUGACGAUGUCCCAGUUGCCAGGUUUAGUUGGUAAGGCACCAACCGCUUCGGAGGAAAAGGGGGCGGUGCAGUCUCUUUUGGAGUCGUAGCGAAUCAUCUACAUGUCGAGACAAUUAGUUCCGGCAGGAAACAGCUCCUCUAAGAGGGACUGGAAGGCGGAAAGAAGCUGAGAGUGACGCCUCUGAGCCGCGGAGGAUUGUGGGAGGAGGUUGUCUCCAAUUUCUCCUCCCCCUCCCGGCCAAGAUGUCUGACAUGGAGGAUGAUUUCAUGUGCGAUGAUGAGGAGGACUACGACCUGGAAUACUCUGAAGAUAGUAACUCCGAGCCAAAUGUGGAUUUGGAAAAUCAGUACUAUAAUUCCAAAGCAUUAAAAGAAGAUGACCCAAAAGCCGCAUUAAGCAGUUUCCAAAAGGUUUUGGAACUUGAAGGUGAAAAAGGAGAAUGGGGAUUUAAAGCACUGAAACAAAUGAUUAAGAUUAACUUCAAGUUGACAAACUUUCCAGAAAUGAUGAAUAGAUAUAAACAGCUAUUGACCUAUAUUCGGAGUGCAGUCACAAGAAAUUAUUCUGAAAAAUCCAUUAAUUCUAUUCUUGAUUAUAUCUCUACUUCUAAACAGAAUUCUGAUUUUUUAUGUCAGAUGGAUUUACUGCAGGAAUUCUAUGAAACAACACUGGAAGCUUUGAAAGAUGCUAAGAAUGAUAGACUGUGGUUUAAGACAAACACAAAGCUUGGAAAAUUAUAUUUAGAACGAGAGGAAUAUGGAAAGCUUCAAAAAAUUUUACGCCAGUUACAUCAGUCGUGCCAGACUGAUGAUGGAGAAGAUGAUCUGAAAAAAGGUACACAGUUAUUAGAAAUAUAUGCUUUGGAAAUUCAAAUGUACACAGCACAGAAAAAUAACAAAAAACUUAAAGCACUCUAUGAACAGUCACUUCACAUCAAGUCUGCCAUCCCUCAUCCACUGAUUAUGGGAGUUAUCAGAGAAUGUGGUGGUAAAAUGCACUUGAGGGAAGGUGAAUUUGAAAAGGCACACACUGACUUUUUUGAAGCCUUCAAGAAUUAUGAUGAAUCUGGAAGUCCAAGACGAACCACUUGCUUAAAAUAUUUGGUCUUAGCAAAUAUGCUUAUGAAAUCGGGAAUAAAUCCAUUUGACUCACAGGAGGCCAAGCCGUACAAAAAUGAUCCAGAAAUUUUAGCAAUGACGAAUUUAGUAAGUGCCUAUCAGAAUAAUGACAUCACUGAAUUUGAAAAGAUUCUAAAAACAAAUCACAGCAACAUCAUGGAUGAUCCUUUCAUAAGAGAACACAUUGAAGAGCUUUUGCGAAACAUCAGAACACAAGUGCUUAUAAAAUUAAUUAAGCCUUACACAAGAAUACAUAUUCCUUUUAUUUCUAAGGAGUUAAACAUAGAUGUAGCUGAUGUGGAGAGCUUGCUGGUGCAGUGCAUAUUGGAUAACACUAUUCAUGGCCGAAUUGAUCAAGUCAACCAACUCCUUGAACUGGAUCAUCAGAAGAGGGGUGGUGCACGAUAUACUGCACUAGAUAAAUGGACCAACCAACUAAAUUCUCUCAACCAGGCCGUAGUCAGUAAACUGGCUUAACAGAGAACAAGCUUUUACAGACGUCCUUAAGGCAACAGUGCAGAGAUGUAAUCCUUAAAAGAACUGGGAAUGGCAAAACUACUGUCGGUUGAUGUGUCCUGAAAAUUAUUGGAGUUAUGGCAGAAGUGCUUUUUUGAUCAACUGGUUUGUGUUUUGCUGCUGCAUUUAUCCCAAGAAAAACAGCUUUAAUCUCCAGAAGAAAACCAAAAUACCAUGGGAUUUAUGCUGUAUUGACAUCUUGCCCUAUACAUACAACAUCAUAGUAAUUUGUCAUGGGCAACAUGACCAGAGAGAAGAUUUUUGUCAUGAUUUUAAAUACACUGACACGCUACUGUUGGUUAAAUUUAAACAUGUUUUACCUGCAGAAAUUCACAAAUAACCUGCAAUAACUUGAAAUGCAUACCCUUUUGAACACUUCCUUUUCUCAUGUAUAAAUUAAAAUGUUUGCUGCAUUUUGCAAAAUGUCAAUUCUCUAAAAAUGUGUCCGUAUAUUUCUGUACCUGCAGUGUAGUAAAGGUUUAGACGAAACCCCAUAAUUAUAGUGGCAUACUGUCACUUAGGUUUCAAGCAGCAAAAUAAACAGUGCAGCUCAGAAAUUGUA